CAUCUCUAUAAUUUUGAGUUGAAAAACAAUGGUAGUUUGCAUAACAAAACCUAAACCCCAAAAACCCUCCACCAGAAAACGGUGCCCACAACAAAUAUCGGACUCUCUCUAAUUUCUAUCCUUUCCUCCGCUUCCAUCCCUUACCUUAGCUCUUCCAUUCUUCAGACACCAAUCUCACUUCUUUCUUUGAAUCGCCUUUCUUUUCAACUAAUCUUAUUAUGUCCCUAUUAUUUUCUGGAUUGUUGCAUCGCCGUUCUUCACGUUAUCGCUGUUUAUGCUCACAUUGCUGUUCUUCGAGUUUGUUUUUAUCUGAUUUCGCUUCUGGGUGUGUUUCAAUUUGUUAAAAAUCACUGCUUCGUUCUUGGAUUAGCAGCUGCUUCUUAGUUUUUCAGUUUGUAAUUGGGGGGUGGGGGGGGGGGCAUUUCUCAAGAACAUGACUUAGAUCUUGGUUUUGAUGGAUGGGUAUGUUUCUUCUUCCUGAGGAGACGCCUAGAACAUGCUCUCUCUGCGACCCAUUCGCAGAUUCUGCCAUGCUGCUACCGUCAUUCCAUCUACAGACACCACUGCGGCUGUAUUGAAUCACGUUCAGAACUCAAAAGCUCUCGAGGAACCCGCCCUUGUAAAGCUUAAAGCAGAACGAGACCCCGAAAAGCUGUUCCAUCUCUUUAAAGCCAAUGCGCACAAUCGGCUUGUGAUUGAGAAUCGAUUUGCUUUCGAAGACACUGUGUCUCGACUGGCUGGAGCUCGUCGCUUUGAUUACAUUGAGCAUUUACUUGAACAUCAGAAGACACUUCCACAGGGACGCCGUGAAGGAUUCAUUAUAAGGAUCAUAAUGCUAUAUGGUAAGGCUGAGAUGAUCAAGCAUGCCCUUGACACAUUUUAUGAUAUGCACUUGUAUGGGUGUCUUAGGACUGUUAAGUCUUUUAAUGCUGUGCUUAAGGUUUUGAUGAAGAGCCGUGAUUUAGGAGCCCUUGAGGCAUUUUUAAAUGAAGCUCCUGAAAAAUUCGAUAUUGAGUUGGAUAUUAUUUCUGUUAACAUUCUUGUUAAGGCGUUUUGUGAUUUCGGUUUUUUAAAUAGAGCUUAUCUUCUCAUGUUAGACAUGGAAAAGCUGGGAAUAAAACCAGAUGUGGUUACCUAUACGACGUUAAUUUCGGCUUCUUACAAGGAUAGACGAUCUGAAAUUAGUAAUGGUCUGUGGAAUCUAAUGGUUUUGAGGGGUUGUUUGCCCAAUCUUACUACUUUCAAUGUGAGAAUUCAACAUUUGAUUGAGAGGAGAAGAGCGUGGGAUGCUAAUAAAUUGAUGAAAGUGAUGAGGAGCAUUGGGAUUGUACCGGAUGAGGUUACUUACAAUCUGGUAAUAAAAGGUUUUUGUCAAGCCGGGUUGCUUGAUAUGGCCAAAAGGGUUUAUUCUGCUUUGCAUGGGAGUGGAUAUAAACCGAAUGUCAAAAUAUAUCAAACCAUGAUUCAUUACCUGUGCAAAAGUGGGGAUUUUAAUCUUGCACAUACAAUAUGCAAAGAUGCCAUGAACAAGAAUUGGUUUCCAAACAUUGAUACAAUUCAUUCAUUACUUAAGGGCCUCAACAAGAUGGGGCAGGCUGGUAAGGCUCAAUUGAUCCUAUCAUUGGCAAGGAAAAGGAUACCUCCUUUCUCUAAAACUCAGUUGGAAGCUUUGAAUACUACACUGGCCAAUAGCUGAAAAGAGAUUUGUAGAAUGGUGCUAGAUAAAAUGUAACAGAAAGCUCAAAAGGAACUCAUAUUCUUUCUUUUACUUCCAUUUGUAAAGUAUAAAGCUAAUUGGACACUGAUUUUUCAUGGGGUUACAUUUUCGAAAGGUUUCUCUUUCUCAGUAAUUCAAUAAAGUCUGUCCCAAGAUGAGAGUUCUGAAUGGAACAGCUGACAUUUACCAUGCCCUCUGUGAGUUACUGUGCAAAUCUCUCUCUAGUCUCUACUCGGGCAACACAAAUCCAUUACUAACAUCGGUGCUCUCGAAUGCAAUGGCAAUGGGCAUAAGGGCAAAACCUUUCCUAUUGGAUAUUUUUGAAUGUUGUAUAGGUAAUUUCAAAAUUUGUUUGUCAUCGUUUCUGAACAUCAUUUCCAAGCAUAUGUAUUUAUAACCACUCCUUUCGUAGAAUUAAAACAUCGGUCAAAAAGCAUUAGAUCAUACUUUGUACUGACCUAUUCAGAUAUAGGUGUUGUAUUCAUACCUCUUGGAAAAGCAGCAAAGCUUGAUUUUAACACGACACAAGUUUUAUUAUGACACUUCAAUCUGGUAUAUAGACAAGAAACUUAAUCUGCAGGACGAAGAAAACAAAAGUAGAUUGUCAGAAAUAAUGUGAAAUACGUGUAUAUGCACUGUUUCAUUAAUUCUCUGCUGUAUGUUGAUUAUAAAUAUAGUGCGCUUUUACUUCUAGAAAGCCAGUGCAUAUUAAUAAUUUCUUAAGCUCUGUCUUUGUCCCAAUCUAUCAUCUUGGUGUCCACCAUUCGGGUUUGGUGGAGGAUAAUAAAUGUGAUGCAACUUACAGAUGGUAGCAUGCAUGUUACGUUUGGACAAUGGGGAAGGUUCAUUUUGUCUGCUCUGUUGGUUUGACAAGGUUCUUAAGCUGUUUAUAGGCUGAUAUUUGGUGAAAAACUCGGCAAAAGCUUUUAUUUUGGCGAGCAUCUUGAUUUGUCUUUGGUGAUAUCCCUAGUCUUGACUAUAUCUCCAAGGAAUUAGGCAGACUGAGAGAGAAACACCAUAUGAAGUUGGAGUGGAAGAACGCAUACAUAAGCAAUGGCUGUCUGUUCUUUGACUUGAAUGUUGCUAGAUCCCUUAUUUUUCACUUGGGAUCCUAUUUUCUUUGAGGGGAGGACGUUUCUGAAUUUUGGUGCCUGUGUUUCUCUUGCUAUGGAUUCUGUUCUUGUCUGAGCCUUUUUUCCUUUACAUUUGAAUGUCAUUAGGUGAAAGGGAAAUGCUCAAAUGCAGACUACAGCAAUAAUCUGCCAUAUUUUGGGGUAACCUUCUGAUGUAAAUACUUAAGGUGAAGUUUUUUGGUUGAUUGAAUCUUUCAUUACUGUUCUUUUUUAUAAUAAUUUGAUGAUAAUGGAAAUUAGUUAAUAAAGAUACUUGUAAUA